AAAACCCCUUGUUCACUUCCUGGUUGUCUUUUGUCAACAAUCUGCCACCGUCACAUUUUGUUUUUCCUUUGUCAAACAUCAGAGAUCUAGUGACAAAAAGUAGUCAGACAUGUUUAACAAUUUGGGGUCCUGGCUGGGCUUUGAGAGUCCGAAUCCAAAGGCUGCAGAUGUGAAAGAAAACCAGAAUGAAGAACAAAAAGAAAAGGUUGUUGAGGCACAGAACGAGGUAAACAAACAGCUACCUGUCGAGGAUGGAGAGGAGCAGAGCCAAGAAGACAGCUUGGAUCAGACGAAAGGACUAGGAGAUUUUAUCUUCAGUUUUGCCUCCACUGCCACCAAAAAGAUUUCAGAGUCUGUUGUGGAAACAGCUAACACCAUCAAGAAAAGUGUGGAAGAGGGUAAAAUCAUAGACAAGACUUUCUUAGGAGACUUCCAAAAGGAGCAAGAAAAGUUUGUACAAGAAAAGAAGGCAAAACGAUCAGAAGCCGCAGUUCCUCCCUGGGUUGGCUAUAACGAGGAAGAGACCAUCCAGCAGCAGAUUCUGGCUCUGUCAGCUGAUAAAAGGAACUUCCUGCGUGACCCUCCUGCUGGGGUGCAGUUCCAAUUUGAUAUGGAUCAGAUGUAUCCUCUGGCUGCGGUCAUGUUAGAGGAGGACCACCUUCUGACCCGCAUGCGCUUUGACCUCGUGCCCAAACAUGUGAAGGAGGAUGUCUUCUGGAGGAAUUACUUCUACAGAGUGUCUCUGAUUAAGCAGUCAGCUCAGCUCACAGCUCUGGCAGCCCAACAACAACAGCAGGAUGGAGAGGAACGAAGAGCCAGUGUCUCACCUGAGGAUGUUAUUCUAACAGAUGUCAGACCGAAGACUCCACCUGUUUCAAUUAUUGAUGCUAAAAAGCCACAACAUGAAGAAGAGGAGAUCUCUACGAGCCCGGGUGUGUCAGAGUUUGUCAGUGACGCAUUCGACUCCGCUGCCAUUAACCACGAGGAUUUGAGGAAAGGGAUGGAGCAACUUGUGCUUGACAAGAAGGAUGACACGCCCUCACCUGAUGAUGACUCUGCAGACUGGGAGAAGGAACUGCAACAGGAACUCCAGGAAUAUGAGGUCGUAACCGAGUCGGACAACAAGGAUGACCAGUGGGACCAGGAGAUAGAGAAGAUGCUCCAAGCGGAUGACUAAAUAUAAUGUAAUAGAUGCCAUAACUCUGUGACAAACCUAAAAUGAUGAAUGAAUGAAGUGACCACAGAUGCACACAAGGUGGUGCUGUCUUGCACAUUCUUUACUAGGGGUAGGAAAGAGUGUUGCUGGAUUUAGUGUUUAUUUCAGGGGUAUAAAUGAAGUGCUUAUCCAUGACUAUACUUAAGUAACUCUUACCAGCGUUCCAUUUAGCCUAGCCAAAAAGAUGUCCUCUAGCAAGUUUUGGUUUUUUUAGUUUUUUUCAGGAAAACUCUUAGAAUGUAUUUCCAAGCAAAUCAAUCUCCCAGACUAAUCCCAUUUUAAAUUCAAAUGAAUUGUGUCUGCUAGAGGUGAGCAGAUUAUUGAAAAAAUAGAGGAUAUUGUUAAUGUUUUGAAGACUUGCAAAAUUUGAAUAUCGAGUAUGUCGUUUUCGAAUAGAAAAAAAAUCUAUAUGUUUCAAAAACUUAAAAAAAUUUACAGUCAUUUUAGGUUGACAUUAUAUCAUCUGAAUUAGGAUGCACAAAAAAUAUUGAGAUAUGACUGCUCAUCAUUUCUUUGUUUUUCAAUACAAUAUUAUUUUAUUGGUUGCAUACAUUUAUUAACAUUAAGAAUUUGUUUCAUCUUGUUUCAGCGGAUAUUCCAAUUAAAAUGCCAAUGUUUAUUUUGUGUGCUGAGGGACAGUAAUUUGAAUGACUGGCUAGGCUAAUAUCCCUGUUCAUUUGUACAUUUUCUGAACUGGUUUUCCGUAGCCACCAGAUGGCGCAUCAGCACAAGUUUCCUUUGACUAUACUGUACUGAAAAAUGCCAUAUUUUUUCUGAUAUGCUUUCUGUGCUUUCUGGUGGGGUGUACAGUGAGGUCUAGUUAUAGUAGGGUAGAGUAUAUUGUAAAAUUAAAUGUAUAUAAAUACAUAUUGAUUCUAACAACA